GCUAGAUUACAGCGACCUGAAAGAAAAAGAGAAAAAGCGUGAGAGGUGAGAACCAAAGGGUGGCAUUAGAGUGCCCCUCGGACCCGGUAGAACAAUUGACUGGAGACCUGCCAAAUGCUCACAUUCCUCGCUUUCUUUUGGGAAUCAGAGACUUGAGGUGGCAGAGAGCAAAUGGGGCAGACUGGCAUCGGGGGUCACGGUUAUUCUGAAGGGAGAGGCUAAGAGGGGAAAAAAGAAGCAGGCAAACAAGAGUAAGGCAGGUGAGGAAGAGGCAAGAGAGAAAGACGAGAGGCAGGAGGGGGAAAACACACACCAAAACUCACCAGCUCACCCCUCCCUUGUCCUCAUUGUCUCCUCCCGAGUGUGAUCGACUGGAGGGAGGUGCUGAGCCGGGAACGGGCAGAGAGACACCAGUUCUGAGGAAAAAGCACGCACACACAACAUGAGAGACAUGGGAGUGUGAUCAGUGCUGGAGCGGGGUGUUUUGUGCUGCAAGUUUGGCUCUGCAGGACCUGUUUCUGGAGGGAAACUGAAGGGCUGGACACAGGAGACGGACACAGGAAUUCCAGGUCACAAGGGCUCCUGUGGCAGAGCUCAGUCUCGGCUGCGUUGGGCUGGGCUGGUAUUCCAACGUCUCCCUCUCACCGUCAUGAGCAUGAACAAAACAGAGUAGGACCAGAGAAGGAAUAAACAUAUUUCGAAGAGAGGCGAGCGUUCAAUCACAAAUCGGGGCGAGGGAGGCUAGUGUUUCUUUUAAAAUCAGGGGUCAACUUGUGGCCUGACCCCCUUGGUGAUGGGAUCCUCUGUUGAAUUUGCCUGCUGGCUGCUGCUGGUGGUUUCUACUCUUGGACAGAUCCACACGGUGGUUGGGGGCUGUUUGGGGAAAUGCUGCCGGGGCAGGGACCUGAGCUGUUCCACCACUGAUUGGAGGAUGGACCGCGUUUAUGGGACAUGCUACUGCGACGAGGGCUGCGUCAGGACCAAGGACUGCUGCUUUGAUUACUUCACAGAGUGUCCAGCUCAGGAUUGUGCCGUGAGCGACUGGAGCUUUUGGAGCGGCUGUGCCAAGCCCUGCCAGCCUUCCGUGAGGGUCCGAGUCCGUCACAUAGAGCAGCAGGCCAGCAACAGCGGCGAGCCCUGUCCCAGGCUGGAGCAGCGAGCCGGCUGCAGGGAGUACAGAGACCACCAGGGCAGGAGCUGUGGACUCAAAUCAGGUCCUGCGUUCAUCACCAGCAUGCAGUUUGGCAAGGGGAGGCCCAAACAUGACAGCUAUGGAAACCCCCUGGACCCUGGGUUCUGUGUGGAAUUCGCUCUGGAGACACGGACGCCACACUGUACAGUGGAGAACCGGCCACACACACACUGGAUGCGCUACAUAACAGAAGGAUUUAAAGUGUGUGUGGCAUGUGGGCCUCCUGCAAUGCGAAACAAUAGUGGCAGCUGCCAAGGAGAUGGUCAGGAAUCAGACAAAGAAGCUGUGCUGCACUGGCAGGCGGUGGGGAACCCUCGGUGCAGCGGGACGUGGAAGAAGAUCCAGAAAACCCAGCAGUGCACCUGUCCACCACAGCACAGUUUUGUCUUUAUCUGAUCCACACAGAACAAAAGCGCUGAUCUGGAGUCCACAGAAAGACCAGGUGCCUCAACACCACAGGCUUUCAUCACUAAGAAAAGACUUAUGAUGUGAGACUCAAUGGUGAUACAAUGUUUCUAAUAUGCUCCACACUGGCAAAGGCAUGUUCCACUCACUGCAGUUGUAAGACAGUGUACAGUAUUUCAUCCUUCUCUCGUACAUUAUAAGCACCUAUCAGUUGA